AUGGCUGCUGCCUCCUCGUCCGACUUUGGCCUGUCUGCCUUCAACGCCAGCAAUGUCGAUCUCGGCACCGCCGAUCCGCGCGAUGUCAUCUGCGCCCUGGCCGCGUCAGGCAACGACUACAACGGACGGCUCGGCGCCCGCAUCUCGGCCCUGUUCGUCAUCCUCGCCGUGUCGUCGUUCGCCACCUUCUUUCCCGUCGUGGCCAAACGCGUACCACGCCUGCACAUCCCGCUGUACGUCUAUCUGUUUGCCCGCUACUUCGGCUCCGGCGUCAUCGUCGCCACCGCUUUCAUCCACCUGCUGGACCCGGCCUACAGCGAGAUCGGCCCGGCAAGUUGUGUCGGCAUGACCGGCGGAUGGGCUGAAUAUGCCUGGUGCCCUGCCAUCGUGCUGGCCUCUGUGGUCGUCAUCUUCCUCCUCGACUUUGGCGCCGAGCGCUACGUCGAGGUUAGGUACGGCAUCGACAGCGAAACCGAUAUCCAAGAGGCGGUCACCGGGUACGCGGACCCCGGAAGAAAGCCGACCGAUGCACAACAAGCCAGGGCCGCGAGCGUGACUGACAUGCGUCGCGAGCACGAUGCCGUCAUGCCACACGACCAUCACCUGUCCUUGUCUUUCCACUGCUCGUCCAUGUACGAAAAGAAGUUCAAGGAAGACUGGGCCGAUGACGAGCUCGACUCCGAGGCCUGCAAGAGUUCCUUCAGACAACAGAUCGCCGCCUUCUUGAUCCUCGAGUUCGGCGUCAUCUUCCACUCGGUCGUCAUCGGGCUCAAUCUUGGCGUCGUCGGCGACGAGUUCAGCACUCUGUAUCCCGUGCUGGUGUUUCAUCAAUCUUUUGAAGGGCUGGGCAUCGGCGCCAGAAUGUCCACAAUCCCCUUCAGAUCAGGGAGCUGGCUCCCUUGGAUCCUGUGCGCCGCUUAUGGCCUGACCACUCCCAUUGCUAUUGCCAUCGGCCUGGGCGUGCGGACCACAUACAACCCGAACUCGUUCACCGCAAAUGUGGUGAGUGGAGUGCUGGAUGCCAUGUCCGCCGGCAUAUUGCUCUACACCGGGCUAGUAGAGUUGUUGGCCAGAGACUUUCUAUUCAACCCCAUGAGGACCAAGGAUAACAAACGACUGGCAUUCAUGAUCUUCAACGUCAUAUUGGGUGCCGGUCUGAUGGCCUUGCUUGGGAAGUGGGCAUGA